UAGUAAUAGUAACAAUCUUCGUAGUUAUAGCGUAUCUAUGCAUAAGUAGGGUUUCUCAUAACACAUUUGCAUACACCACGCAAAUCUCAGAGACAACUCGUGACACAAAAGCAUCCAUCAUCCAUCAAUGGCACGAGCUAAGUUCUCUGCUAAACCUCUCUCUCUCCUCUUCAUCUCCUCCGCUCUCCAAUUCCUCCUCCUCGUCCACGUGGCAUCUGCCGCCGCCGUGGCCGUAGGAGGUCGGUGGCAGCUCCUCCGUCGAAGCAUUGGGAUCUCGGCGAUGCACACGCAGCUCCUCCGGAACGACCGUGUCGUGAUGUUCGACCUCACAGACUUUGGUCCCUCAAACAUCUCCUUGUCCGGAGGGAAAUGCCGCCACAGCCCAAACGACGGUGCCUCGAAAGUGGACUGUACGGCACAUUCCGUAGAGUACGAUGUCGUCUCGAACAGGGUCCGUCCACUCACCAUUCGGUCCAACACCUGGUGUUCCUCCGGUUCGGUCGCGCCGGACGGGACGUUGAUCCAGACCGGAGGGUUUGGAGACGGAGAGAGGCGAGUCAGAAUGUUCUCUCCUUGUAGGAAGAACAAGUAUUGUGACUGGAAAGAGAUCGAGAACGGACUGGUUGUAAGGAGAUGGUAUGCUUCGAAUCAUGUUUUGUCCGAUGGCAGACAGAUAAUCGUCGGUGGUCGUGGACAGUUCAGCUUCGAGUUUUACCCGAAAACGAAAGAUCCGAACGUAUACAGCUUACCCUUUUUGGCUCAGACCAACGAUCUCGGAACUGAGAACAAUCUAUACCCUUUUGUUUUCCUCAACGUCGAUGGAAACGUAUUCAUUUUCGCCAACAACCGAGCCAUCUUGCUUGAUCAUGGCAACAACACGGUGGUCAAGACUUACCCUACGAUUCCGGGGGGUGACCCGAGAUCGUAUCCAAGCACUGGCUCUGCCGUUCUCCUGCCACUGAAGAAUCUCGAAGCUCUUAACGUCGAGGCCGAGGUUCUGGUGUGUGGUGGUGCAACUAGAGGAGCGUAUGAGCUAGCACUGAAAAACACUUUUGUAAAAGCACUCAACACAUGUGCAAGGAUCAAGAUAACGGAUCCGAACCCGAAGUGGGAGAUUGAGACGAUGCCUCGUGAAAGAGUCAUGGGAGAUAUGACCCUUCUCCCGAAUGGACAUGUUCUACUCAUCAAUGGCGGUUAUUCAGGAACUGCUGCAUGGGAGUGUGGUCGCGAACCGGUGUUUGCUCCGGAUCUUUAUCGCCCCGAUAACCCAUUAGGGUUUAGGUCCGAGAGCCAGAAACAGACCUCAAUUCCGAGAAUGUAUCACUCAACCGCUGUUCUACUUCGAGACGGGAGAGUUCUUGUCGGAGGAAGUAAUCCACAUCGUUACUAUAACUUCACAGGCGUGCUUUUUCCGACAGAUCUAAGCCUAGAAGCUUUCUCACCGUCGUAUCUUGAUCAAGAAUUCUCGAAUCUCCGGCCGAAGAUUAUAGCUCCAAAGUCACAGUCCAAGAUCAAGUACGACACGAAGUUAAAGCUGAGAUUCACAGUGUCGGAUGAGGUCAAGAGUCCGGUGAAGGUGACGAUGGUUUACCCGUCCUUCGCGACUCAUUCCUUCUCGAUGAAUCAGAGGGUUCUAUUUUUGGACAACGUUAAGUUCACCACAAGAAGCAAGACGGCAAGAAAAACAACGUAUGGAGUCGAAGUGAAGACACCGAGAUCGGCCAACGUGGCACCGCCUGGUUAUUAUAUGAUGUUCGUCGUGAAUCAGCAUAUUCCAAGCAAAGGUGUAUGGGUACGGCUGCUAUAAGAUUCUUAUUCAACACCAUGUAUUAGCACCUUUUUAAUGACGAUGAUUAUAAAAUAAAUUAUUGUUAGAAACAAAAACUAAACGGUGUAUUUACUAUUUCACUAAUACGUUAGAACACG